AUGGAACCUGUAAACGCUCCUCCAUUUGUUCUUUUUCGAGGAUUGUUGCUCCUCUACGCAGUUUUCAUCACCGCAUUAGAGUCAUCCACUGUUUCUCGAUCAGCAUACUUCACAACGUUGAUAAAUAAGCAGCUUAAAGGCUUUGUGGUAAAACGGUUUGAGUCUCCUGGUCAAAUUUGGUGCAGUCAGUCUUGUUUGAAAAACGCCUGGUGUACUUCAACAAACUUCAAACUUGCUCCUCAUAUUUCGAAGUCUGAUGGCAAAGGAACUUGCGAACUAAACAAGCACGAUGGCUCUGUUGUUAAAGAAAACAUGCAUUUGCAGUUGGAGGAAGGUGCCACUUUCUCAAUGCCUCUUAAGGUAACGAACAGCCUAAAAUGCCUCAUUUGGCUUUAAAGGGCUCCGCAAGAUUAAGUUGAUGCAACUGCAGUUUAAUUAAUAUUUAAAUUGUUAAUUGGAGAUUAAUUUUGAAAUUAACUAGUGUGUCUUUAUAUCGCUAAUUGACUCAUUUGAACUAAAGUCUUCACUGCCACAUUUCUUUUUAGCAGUUUUUAGAAUUUUAAGGCUGGAAAGUGAAAAUUCAUGACCACAGCACUAUAAUUGAAGUUGAGCAAAAACCUAACUUCGAUGUGAAAAAUAGAUGUCUUGAAUUUCCUCAAAUUAUGGGUGUAUAUGAUUGGAAAAAAUUACUGUUAUUGCACAAGAAAACCAAGAGCAUAGCUAUUUUAAAAAAGCGCUAGUCGGCACUUUCUAUCCAUUUACCAGCCUAAUAACUAGUAUGAGGUGUUAGGAGAACACGAGUAUUACUGUAAAUCAUGAGUCAAAAGGGGUUGUUGUGCUAACAUAUCCCGUGUGCGAUAUCGUCGCUAAAAUAAUAAAAGGCUCGAUUUAUUGCUAAAUAGCCAACAGGUGCUCUUCACGGCAAAGUGUGUUAGAAAAAAUUAGCAUACAUUUUUAAGACUACUACCCUUCUCAACGCUUUUUUUCGUUUUGAUUUGCUAACAAUGAAUCUCCUUUACAGAGAAAUUAUUUACGCUAGAUUUCUGCAUUAUUCUUGAGUAUUCUGAGUUACGAGCAGCUGGCAUGAGACAAAAUUUAAUCCUUGAUUUCGUGUAUGCCACGAUCUUAAUACAGUCGAAAUGCAAGCAAUAAAAACCUACCUUUCCACUUAUUUUUCUGUUUUGAGGUUUUAAUCAGAGCUGUUUUUUUUUUUGAAAGCGAAAUGGAUGUAUGCCUUGAAUAAUGGCAUGAAUUGACAAACAACGAGGAAAACACAAGAGAACAAAAAUUAUUGACCAUUUCUUCGAUGAAGGGCAAACCUCAUCUUGAAUAAGGUAAUGCCGGCUUAUAUGAAUCAUUAUUUAUGCAAAUAUGUCUCUUCAUAAACUUCAUUCACCAUGACCAGAACCACAGCUUUUUUCUUACUUCUGGAAACAUGCCAAAUAUUUCGCUCAGGAAUUAAAACACCGAGAAUCUAAAGCUAUCAGACGCCGCAAAGACUGAUUAAUUUCAGCAUAAGCCGAAGAAAGAAGACAUUGACUUGCUUCUGUCGGUCUUAACAAAAUAUUUUUCUGGCGUGUAAAAUGUGUUUGACAAAAUAUGUGGUCUUAUCGCCUACUAUUCAGCCUAUGUGCUAGCAUUUUGAAUUUUAAUGGCAAAAUCUUUCGGAAUGAAGGUAACAUAUACUGUGCAGGCCUCAGAAGCUGUUUUUUCUAGAGAAAUGUAGUUUAACAAAAUUGUAAUUUGUGCAGGCGACAUGUUAAGCGAACGGGUUUGUUGUUUUUGUUUGUUUCGUCUUUUUGUCUAAGUUCUGCCAAAACAGAUGAUAAAUUUUGGCACAUUAGGCUUCCGGCAUCGAAACAGCUAUUCAAUGAAAGGCGAGCUCAAUUUUCCUUUUGAAACUGAUAUCAGUGCAUUACGGAGAUCUUCUCUAAUUUCAUUUCAUUUAUCUCUACUGAUAUGAAAUAGAUAGAGGUGUAGAUUGGUGAUUGGAUGGAUCAGAAGUGACCCAUUACAUGAAGGAAUGGAUGUUUCAAAGAAAAUACUUAAAAAAUACUUAACUUUCCGGUUGUCUUUAGAAUUUCUUUAGAAACUUACCCUCUUUAUAUAAUUUUAAAUGCAUUAUUCUUUGUUACAGGCCAAAUAACGGCAGAAAUCGACUAUUACAUUUUCAUUGAUACGGCAAUUAAUUUUUGGUCCGAAAUUUUUAAACCGAGCUCGAAAGCUAGCUAAGCACAUCUUGGUAAUAAUUCCAAAGUACAUUCAUAUUCGUGUUCUGAACAGUUUUUUUACGACGUAUUGUCUGUUACUGCUUCUUGUUAGGGCUGCCAAAUAACCAACAGUUGUAAAAAUGGAGGUGCUUGCGUGUACGACGAGAAAAAACAAACUUAUUCAUGCAAGUGCAAGCCGCCUUGGACCGGAGAAACUUGUGCUAAGCUGGGUAAGAACAAUUUUGAACAGUAGAAUGAAGAUGGUAAAGUUCUGUCGUGAAUUUAUGUAGUAUGCGCUUGUUGCGCUUGGUGAUGAAUUCACCUAGUUUCCGUUUAGAAGAUGUCAUAUUGUCAGAAAUUCUGUUUUCUUUUUGUUUGCUUGUUACGAAGCGUGGCGUAUUCCUCAAAACUACCAAUUUCAGUGUCGGUCAAAGUGGUGUAUUUGUCAUGGCAGGUGUGGCCUAUGGAAUACGAGCUCACUUUAAGCAAGUCCUUUUCUAAUUUGAUCUUAGCAUGUAUUUUCGUGCUUUUUAUCUCAUAAACGUUUGACGCUAGGUAAAUAAUCUUAAUAAUUCAGGUUUUCAUGAAGCCGAUUUUUAAUGUCAGUCGAUAAUUUGAAAAUAGUUCCAACAAAAAUUUGUCAGAGCUUUAAAUGAUUUAGUAUUGUUUAGGCUUCCAGGCUUGACCUUACAAUUCUAGUGAUUCACGCAACUGAAUCAUUUCAUUUUGAAUUUAUCUUUGAAUUUGAUCUUAGCAUGCAUUUUCGUGCUUGUUAUGUCAUAAACGUUUGACGCUAGGUAAAUAAUCUGAAUAAUUCAGGUUUUCGUGAAGCCGAUUUUUAAUGUCAGUCGAUAAUUUGAAAAUAGUUCCAACAAAAAUUUGUCAGAGCUUUAAAUGAUUUAGUAUUGUUUAGGCUUCCAGACUUGACCUUACAAUUCUAGUGAUUCACGCAACUGAAUCAUUUCAUUUUGAAUUUAAUAUGUAUUAAUAUACAUCAAAAAGUCACGCGCGUCCGAUUGGUCGAAAACGAGUGUAUUUUUUCAUGUAACACGAGCGCAAAGUUAUGGCACGAAUGUAAAUUUCAAAUGCAAAGUUUUGUCCGUUUUGACUGUCUGUUAUGCGUUUUUUUAUGUAAAUUAUUAAUAAGUAACAAAAUAAUUUCUCGUGCAAUUUGUACAAAUAAGCACUUAAAUUACGCUGAAGUUGACUAAUCAAAAUUGGGAUUGCGUGGGUACAUCUUUAAAGACAUCGGCAAAGACAGUAAACAGACUUAUUCUGUAAUGACAUUUUUCGCGAUGGGACUUGAAAACACUUCCCUCUUUGUCUUCUUUCGAGGAGUUAUAUUACUCUUCGCAAUUUUCCACGCAGGAGUAGAAUCGUCUGCCCUUUCUCGAUCAACAUAUUUCACAACAUUGACAAAUAAGCGGCUUAAAGGUUUUGUCGUGAAACGGUUUAAGUCGACCAGUCAAAUUUGGUGUAGUCAGUCUUGUUUGAAAAACGCCUGGUGUACUUCAACAAACUUCAAACUUACUCCUCAAACUUCCAAGUCUGGUGGCAAAGGAACUUGUGAACUAAACAAGCACGACGUUAUCAAAGAAAACACACAUUUACAGUUCGAGGCGGAAGUCAUUUUCUCAACACUUAUUAAGGUAAAUAAUUGCAAUGUUUUGAUCGUUUUCAAUGUAUUCAGUGAUACCAAGUUUAAUCAUCUGCAGGUUAGUCACCAAUUCGUCUAUUUUGAAGAGUCUUGUAAUUAAGCAAGUUUUCAUUUUGACAGUUUAACUCUUCCCUUACUUCAGGAAAAUAAACCCUUAAUUAGGCAGAGGUCUUCAGUGCGAUCUUUUUUUUCGGAGAGCUCCAGAAUUCAAUAAAAAUUAUGAAUAAAAAAAACUAAAAUCCAAAGAUGAUUGAAAACUGAAUUUUUACGCCGAGUUGUAGUACCAGACACACAACCUGCAUAACGACCAAAGAGAACUAGUAAGAAUAAUCGUUGUCCUUUCUAUACCCAUAAUUUUCAACCCUUUGUUUUAGUUGUUCGUUAACGCCCUUUUCUGUGAAAAGAUCCACCCACCUCAUGCAGUUCGUGAGCCGCAAAAACAAGCUGGUUGCACCAAACAAAUAUUUUGUUUCCCCGCCGACGUUUGAGACCUUUGGUGAUAGCAUUCAUCGAUUACCGGUUUAGCAUGAAAGUUAGAAGUUCUUUUUCAUGAAAACGAAAAAAUACUUCUCCUUUAACUAACUAAGGACAAUAAUAACAAGAAGAGAUGAAGAAAAAUAUUCCAUCGGAAGUUUGGUGAUAGGUAAAAUCAACUGCAAAUGUUAUGCACCUUAAAGAAACCAUUCACUAAUUAUGCAAAUUUUUUUAAAGAACAAAAAACUAGAACUGAUGCUUGCCAGCAGAAGCAAGUUUUGGAAAUGGCACAUACACUUUCUUUUAUUCCCUUUUAGAUGAAAUCCUUUUACAGCAAAAUGUAGGAAUUUAGAAACACCAUGUUUUGAUCGAGAUAUUUGAAAUUAUAUGCCGUCCCCAAACGGCUGGUGGGCUCUUGUUUGUUUCUCAUUUGCAUCACAAAAAAGUGCAAUAACUCCACCGUAAGUAGAAGCUUGGGGUUGCAGCGAAUCGCAUGUUACUGUGUUUGAAUAUGUAGUAGUUUUUAACUGAAGUUUAUAGAAGCUAGACCAUUAAUAAAAUAACAUGCCUUGACUUCGUUUGGCAGAAGUCAAUACAUGUACUUGUAGAUGUUGACUAAAUGCGUAGUUAAAAGCAAAACUUUUAGGCAGCCAGUGUUUUUUUUUUCCUUGUUUUUGCCUAUAAACGCAUUACCACCUUGUAAAUCAUAUUUCAGAAGUUUGUUGGCAAGGACAGAUAAAUUGCUUCGUUAAAUUUGGCGAUAGGGUAGGCUUGAUACCCACCCGGUUGUUGGAGCUGGAUCUAGGAGAUAACAAAAAAACCGUAGUUGAGAGCGUGACUAUUUUCCAGCCAAUUGUUUUUAAUCCGUCAGUAGGAAAGUGAACUAAUUUUGAAGCAUAUUUAUGUUUAUUUAUAUUCUUCUCAUUAUUCCAUCGGCUACUCUUUCUCUUUAGGAUUGCCGACUAGCAGCCAGCACCUGUUUAAAUGGUGGUGUGUGUUUUUAUGACGAGAAAAAGCAAACUUAUUCAUGCCAAUGCAAGCCCCCUUGGACCGGAGAAACUUGUGCUGAUCUGUGUAAGAAACAAUUUUAUAAAUUAGAAUGAAGUUGUAAUAUGCUGCCUGUCGAGAAAAGCUUGAGAGCAGUUUUCCUGUUUCGUUUAUGUGCGACAAUUGAAAAAAUGUAGCGAGACGGUUUUCUGCAAACAAGCAAACAAACUUCGUUCGAACGCUAUUUUGAUGAGAUCUUCUCCUUAAAAGUUUUCGCAUUGUUUUUCUUUUGUUACGCUCAUGCUUCAUGAGAUUUAAUUCGAUUCAAAAGCGUUAUUAGCUAGACCACCUUAAUCAUAUAUGGUUUGAAGAUCGGUAGGUCAGUCGCCAUAUGAUGUAGCUUCUUUUUACUGACAACAACUCUUUUGAAAUGUUGUCUUGUAAUCGCAAAAAGUUACCUGUGGCAGCCAUCCCUGCAAAAAAAAUGGAACUUGCACAGACGAAGUCAACGAAUAUAACUGCAGCUGUGCACCAGGAUUUAACAGGACACAGUGUGAAAAGAUUGAAGGCCUGUCUUGUUCAUCAGGUUUGUAGAGACGUGUAUCGUAUUUUGAUGACAUAUUUUGAGAGCGCAAGCUUCCUUCUACAAAGACAAGUUCUCGUGGAGAUGUGGUUGACAAUUCAACAUUUUAGAAAGUUCUAGAUGGAACAUUAAUUAAGGUUCUUGAAGACAGAAUACGCCGAUGUUUUAUUUUGAUAACGAUUUCUCAUAAAAAUUUUCGUUAACUAAUAAUCAUCAGCAACAGGAAGCUGUAAACGGUAUCUGAACAACUGCGCUCCUACCCCUCCCCUAACCCAACAAUCGUCAAUUGAUAACAAGUUAAGGUUAAUGUUGGGUUAGGGGAGGGGUAAGUGUGCAGUUGCUCGCAUACUUAUAUUGAUCCAAUCUAUCGCUUUUUAACUCUUUACACCAUAACAUAAGUAUGCAUAUUCUCCAUACUGUUCUCUAUACAUUUCCUAAGGUGCUGGCUGACGAGGAGAGUUUGUUUACCGAUCAAAAGCUUCUUUUGUUGGUGAUCAUUUCCUUUAUUCUCAUGACCUUAAUGUUUGAUUCAGCGCUGACAUUGUAGGGAGAAAUUAGAUGCUAGUCAUUCUUAGGGGUUAAAGGGUAAAAGAAGUAGAAAGUAACUGUUGGAUUUUAAAUUGUGUGAAAAGUUUAUACCUCAAGGUUUUUUUGGAUUUAGAAGUCAGAAUAACUUCAAACGAGCUCACCUAUUUAGGAGAACACCACAAGCUACCUUUGACAUCUCAGAGCGCUUAAGAUACUUUUUCUUGUAUCUUUCUCUCUGGCGUGCGUGGUAGCCAUGCGGAAGCCAAAGCAAGAUUUUUCAAAAAACAAAGACAAUCUUUACUCUGGGUAUCUGUUGCAAUAACCGUUAGGAUUACUUUUGUAUGUCCCCUCCCGGCUGAAUAAUCCUCUCAUCCCGAAUUCUCUGACCUAUUUAUUUCGUAAAGAGUUGUUCUUUUUAGACAGAACCCUUUGCGCUUAGUGUUUAUCAGUUACGUACGUGAUCCGGUAGCGGACAUGAGAUAUAAAGUAAUUUCUGAAACAAGAUUAAUCCGGAAAUUUCGCAGUGAGAUUCAUCCAAUUUAAGAGUUGCUUUGCCAUUUCAGUGAAGCUGGAGGUAAGAAAAUUGUGUUUUGUUGUUUCCUACAGCUUACCGAAUGGUCUUUGGACAGCCUAGCGAAAAGAGCUACGCCAGCAUAAGAAACGCCACCUCGUCUAGUCUCUCGGAAUUUACUAUGUGCCUUUUUGUCAAAAUGAAGGAUACAAAGUCGAUUAGUCGCCAGUGCCUCUACAGUUAUGCGACUGUUGGAGCACUUGAUGGGAAUGCCUUCUACGUUUGUCUGUUUGGCCCAGGAAUUAGGAUCGCCAUAGCCUCGGGAGAGUAAGUGAUAUGACAAACACGAUAGAUAAAGUCUGUACUGGAGUCAAAUGGCCCAUCCAGCCAAACCGUAUCCCGGUUUUCUUAAAAUAUAGCGACUCGUAGGAGUAUUAAUACUUCCCCCUGGAUUGGAUGCUAAUGCAAUUUCAGCAUUUCAUUCGGUUUCCCCGACAAUGUGCCGUAAUACUCCUGGGUGGAGUGAAGCACUGUGAGAAUAACGUCUGUCACCCAAGAACACAGCACAAUAACACAAUAGAAUAGGAUAGAAGAGAAGUUAAAAUAUACCGGAAUGAAUGGAGAAUUACGCGCGAUAAAGAGACGCGAAGAUGAAUUUUUUUAGGGUCCUUUGCUCAGCUUCAAAAACAUGAUAUGCCUGUUCCCGCAAUGGGCUAAAGUGCUUCCAGCGGAGUAUUAUCGAGGCUUCUGAUGGUGUUUGGCGUUGUUAACAAUCACGUUCUCUUGUUUUUGCUCCCAAGCGACUUUAAAUAAAUAAUAAAAUGUGUCUAGUGAUUAAAUCAUUGUUAGUGAAAAAAUUAAAAGCUAUAGCGUUUUGGAGAUCGAGUGCAUGGGGUCUUCCUCUUUUCGAAUGAAAUAAAUAGCAAUGGAAUUUAAAAAAGUUAAGUGACAUUCAAAUAUCUUAAUUUAUCUCCCAUUCCAGGAGCUCACACGACAUUGUUAACAUACAUUCCAAUUCUAUAUGUAGCACUAUAUGUAUAUAUAUACAUGCAUAUAUCUUGAUGCUACAAUUGGACCGCAGUCAGUCAAGAAACGAGAGUUUCUAACAUAGUUUUAAUUGUUUAUGUUAAUUUUCUUAGUGAAAAAGACACCAGAAACAAAAUUAAAGAUACCAUGUGGCAUCACCUUUGUGUUACCUGGGAAAACACUGAAGGCUUCUGGCAGUUUUAUAUGGAUGGACAACUUCAAAGCAAUGGAAUAGACCUGAAGAAAAAUCAUCAGAUACCAGCCGGCGGAACAGUUGUCAUUGGACAAGAUCAAGAUAGCGUUGGAGGGGGCUUUGAAAGCAAACAGAGCUUUGGGCCGGGUGAGGUAACAGAAGUCAAUCUUUGGAGCAGAGUCCUUUCAGGGGAUGAAAUUGCAACUCAGAAGGCAUACUGUGACAUUGCACAAGCAGGCCUUGUUCUCUGGUGGGGACAAUUUAAAGGAAACGUUACUGGUGUGAAAAUAGUCGAGCCUUAAAAGUGAUAGGAUUUUCAACACCAGCAUCUUGUUUACGACGAACUGUUUAUCACAGAAGGAGAUCCCAGCUUCCUCGAACAAGGAACACCUAAACACUGAUCAAUAUCUACAUACAUGUUAAAUAGCUUUGACCACUCGUAUUGUGGAGUCCAACAAUUGUUAUUACACAGAUGACAGCCCUUUUACCCAGUUCAGUAGAGUGUUUGAAAGAUUGCGCCCUUCAAUUUAUGAUUUGAUAGCCUUGAAGGUUGCUCUUUAGUCGCUCGUUACUUUUGAUGAAACGCCAAAUUUCAGGACUGAAGUAGCGAGUAUCAUUCAGUUAUUAGUCACGAAAACGUUUAAGCUAAGUUUGCACGGAUAUAAAGACACAAGUUGUGUCCCUUUCUCAUUGAUUUCGUUGCACGAGGCAUUCGAAGGCGGCGAAACAUUUCUGCCUUAGGUGAAAUCUUAGAUAGUUGCAUGCCCGCCUCCAGAGUUAUAUUGCGCCAGAGUAUUUUCCCUUAACUUAACCUUUAAAGAAAAUCUCAAAACCCAGCCUUAAAUUUUGUUGGAGGAAACGAAAAAGUGGAGGGUAAAUGAACUGAGCGAGACAUGUAUAUAUUAAGUAGAAUUUAUAUUGUGUAAUAUGACUGAACUAUUUAAUGGAAACAAAGAGUUAAAAACUUGUUGGUGUUCGUCUCUUCCUUCAAAGCGAUCGAUGUUCACUCACACGAUUUGUGCUUCCUGUUUGUACACAUUAUUAUCAUAGUUCGAUGUUCAGAUAAUCAAAGUUACUUUUGAAAUUUUCAUAUUUCAUUAAAGGGUAGCGUACCAGAUAUUCUUAACGUACAGGACACGAUAUAAGCGUUAUUAGCCGAACGCUGACUGAUUAGUUGACUGGAAAUUGGUCAAGUUCUUUCUGCUUUGCGUUUUUUCUUUAAAUUAUAUUUUACAGUGCUCGUCUUUGUAUUUAAAGUUUCAGUGGUUGAGAUAAUUUCCUGCUGGUCUACGAUGUUGUAUUUUUUUUUGCUUCAAAAUUUUGAGCAGGAUUCACGUGAAUGCUAGUUACAAUAAUUUCUUCUGGAAACUAGCAGUUAUGUGUGUAAAAUACUUGGAUGAUCUUUGAUCGCCAUUCCCCACAAACCCCUCAAUAGAUUUCGAGAUGGCUACCGUCCACUCUCUUUUAAGCUUCAUAGGGAGAACCUGGGAAAAGGGAACAAGGCAAGUUGAGCUGGGUCAUUGAAAAAUCUCAUCUUGUAUAGUGCCGUCUUACUAUACAAAAGACAUAAAUUUUAGCCGCCAUAUUGGCCAAGGAAGGCGUGAGGAGCCUGAAAAACUCAUACCCAGUUCUCGUUCUUGUAAGUGCUCCCUUACUUCCUUGUCAACCAGGUCUGAAAUUGUAUCAUCUCCUCCCUUGUGACUAAAAUCGAGGAGGAUUUUCCCUUCUUUUCGUAUUUGAGAGAAAAAUGCGAAAAGCGCUCGGCAAAUAAAUUAGAGAGGCUGAGAGCUUCUAUGGUCCCUAACGAAAUGACGGCCUGGAAAUAUUCAAAUGCAUCAAAAAAGGCACCUUUAAGUUCAUUGUUCUAUUCAGUUAAUCAUUUUUCACACAAGCAUGUAACUUAGCAUAUAACUUAGGUUAUAUGCUUCUGUUUGCCAUUAAAAUGUCCUCGAUACCGCUACCUUUUUAAUUCUCCUAAGUUUAAAACCGUCUUUAUCGCAAGCUUUCAUUUCCCUUAGUUAUCAAGGAAAAACAUAUGCAAUCCUAUCCUGAACUCUUUUGAUUUUGUUCUCAUUAUUGCUGAUUAUAUCGGAUCCCGAUGGAAAUGUAGCUGUAGACUUUACACCUAGUAAUUGUCACCAGAUAAACACAAGUACAUCAGUUCUUUAGUGUUGCCAAGACAUUCCCAAUUAAAAACUCAUCUGUUUUCCCAGUUGCAUUUAUGUUUUGAAUGCCAUUUUUCCCCUAUUGUUUUCAUAUUCUUUCGCUCACCCUGAUAUAAAAUCUGAUAGGGUUUUUUAGAAAAAAAAUUCUCUUUGUUUAGGAUCAUUUAAAAAAAGCUUCAUCGUUGAUUUUUUGCCAUUCGUGCAAGAUUAACAUUAGUUACGGUUUCUGAUUUCCACCAUUUGUCAUCCAUUUUGACAAAGUCACAAAACCUUCGUACGUAUCUUUGCCUUGUAGGUUUUAUUCCCUCUGUUUUUUUUUUCGUUGUGGAUUUCUUUUCAUUUGCUUUCCAUCCUAAUUGAUUAUGGUUUUUAAGCAACCGCCACUGCAACUGAAAUAAUAUUUGAAAUAGUAUUAACGGGUUGGAACUGGUGACGAAAUUUGGCUAAAACUUGAUUUGUUCAUAAUAAAGGUAGUUGUAAUGUGUUGUCGUAAAUGAUGUUGAUUGAUGAAGUUUGAAGAAGAACCAACUUUUAUGUUUAAUUAAUUUUUUUUAUUUCAUUCGUUCAUUUAUAUUCUACAUGCUAUCUACUAUUUACAAUAUUUUUAAUAAGAUUUGCGACAUCACUCACAAUACCAAUAUUAUGUAGAUAGUACGUAUUUGUCGCGAAACCAAAACCAAAUGAAUCACCUUCGUUUUAUCAAGAAGGACGGGGUUAUUGUGGUUUUUUCUUACAUUGGAAAUUUUGUGGCGAACUUAUAAAACUGUUGCACGCGGGAUACUAUGAAUUACGCUAUUCACGAUUAGAUUACGUACUUACCCAACGUGUAGCAUAGUCACCAUUAACAAUAAGGUUGCAUCAUUCUUCUUAAAUCAUGGAUGCUUACUACGUUUAUUUAAGUUACAAGGUAAAUUUAACUUAAGGGUCUCUACGGGGCAUUGAUUCUCACGGUUAACAGUUAAAAAUUUUGCCCAUUUUAGGUCCAGCGGUUAAUUUCUGUCCGUUGCAAUUAAAAGAUGGAAUUUUUGCGGUUAACUUUUUUUUUAUGACUAAUGGUUAAAUUUAUCACUUUUUACCCUUAACAAUUAAUUUUUUGGCCGUUUCAUGGCUAACAGAUAACCCUUUUGAGACCCCCCUACCUUUGGAAAGCAAUUGUUUUCAUUAUCUACCCUAAAAUUAUAAGGGAGCUGUGUAUUCAACGAGAAAUAUUCAAUUAUCCAAUACGUUACUAUUUUGGAUUUACGUUAAAAAACAUUAGACCUCUUUAGGUCCUAAUAGAAAAUAUUUAAGAAGUAUCUCCACACAGUGUUAUUUACAAUGGACACUUAACUGUGCGAAUGUUCUCACAUGACUCUAAAUACGAUCGAACUUCAUAUUAUACAACAAUGCGUUUCGCUGGUACAUUUUUUCUGACUUCAUUACCACGAAUGUCAAAAGAAACGUCGUUCAUGCUGUAAUCAAAGUGGCUUAUUGCAUAGACCAGGAUGGAAAGCUGAGAAGCUGACUCGCGAAGUGAAACUUAAGUAUAAAAAAGUGCUGCUGGCAACUUGUGUAUUCUCAUGCAUUAAAAAUAUGGAAGUCUCUUGUUGCAGUUACCGUUCAAAGUUUGAAAACCUGGCAGUUACACAACAGUUGUGAAUACUUUUUUAUUGCAAUGCAGUGUAUUUUUCAUUAUUGUUUUUUUAGAGGGCACGGUAACGAAUCUUGCAAUCUGAUUGGUUCUUUACCCGGUCAGUAUUUUCCUAUCUCUGCCCACGGGCCACGGUAACGCUUUCGUGAGUCGCCGAGUACAUCCCAACUUUCGUUGUCAUUUUUCAUAAAUAUACCUCGUUUUCCGGCUGGGCAGUAUUUUUAAGCAAACACGUCGGUCACUACCUCAAGCCGAUAAAUAACUUAUGAAUCCUCUCUUUUCUCUCUAUCAAAUCACUUUGGUUGACAGAAAAAUAUUGGUUUCAGAAUGAAUUUGUAUAAACAAUAGUGUCAUUACGUUGGUUGACAAGCGGCCUAAAAACCUUCUGCAAUUAAUUUUAAUCGUUCACAAAAAGUACUCAGAAAGUUGGAACGUGAGGUAUUUGGUUACAGUUAAACUGAACGAUGGAACUUUCAUUCAUUUAAUAUCUGAAUUUUCUCGAGCAAUUUGUUCAUAGUGAAAGAGCGAGCGAAGUUUUAAUUUAAGUUCUACAACAAAUAUACGCUCCUGGUGAGUCUUUCCAAUUCCGUUCAAUUUGGACAUUUGUACCUUAAAUUGCACAACAGAAAUUGAAGGAAUUUUUUGAGAAAAGGCCGCAUUACAUUCCCUUGUGUCUCGUUGGAGUGUGCCAUUCGAAUUUAGUUUUGGUGAAGGAAAGAUCAGAGUUAAACACGCCAUUACAGCAAACAAACGAGCAAACUCUCACAACUUCAAAAUAAAAAGAUUGAAUUUACUCACAAUUAAUUUCCUCGCCGUUUACUUAAUGAACAGAGGUAAAUCUUCGUACAUGAAUGAAUCGUCGAUGAGAGUGAAUAAUACUUUCCGUUAGAUCAUUAACUGAUUUUGAAGAAAACAUUGUCGUGACAGUCCUUGCCAUACUAGUUCUGUUGGUUUUCAAAUGUUCCUUCGAUUUUCUUUUUCUUGCGCGCUCUCUAAUUGACAGGUGUCAGAUUGUGACAGAUACUUGUAAAAAUAAUGUUUCAAAGUUUGUUUGGAAGCCUUUUACGGAAAUGAAAAUGUUUCGCUGAGGCAUCUCUCUUAAAUUUGCAUCACCUCUAUUUUAACUACCAUUUACCCACUCAAAAAUUGUUCAGUUUAUGGAAGAUCUUGCCGUAUUUACGGCCAUAAAUCAUUCGGGUUCUUUCGGAAAGAAUUUCGUCAAGUUUAAAAACAAUAAAUAUAUGUUAUUUACCGGCUAAGGGUCGGUCCGUAUGGUGAAAAACUGUGACCGAGGUCUUGAAAAUGCUGCCCUCGGCCUACGGCCUCGGGCAGUAUUUUCAAGACCUCGGUCACAGUUUUUCACCAUACGGACCUCCCAGCCGGCAAAUAACAUAUAUUUAUCUGCACUAAAUUCGCGUACGAUACAUUAAUUCCAAUCCACUACUUACAAUACAUUACCUAUCAAAAGAAUCGCCGAGAUCAAUUUUCAGUAAACUCCUCUCCCUAUCAUAACAAAAAAUUUUCAGUUAGUUCCCAAAAUCAUAGCUAUAACCCCCGCAGGCGGAAUCCGUAACUUACAGAUUUCCAAGCCAGAAUUCCAUCACAAUCUAGUUACAAUCAGCCGCGAAAUCAAAUAACAAUCUCUCAAUUAAGAACACCUAGAAUUUUGCCAGGAAUAUUGGCGUGUAUUUUUUAGUACUUUACAUGCAGAACGAUUACUCAUUUUUCAAUCCACUUCUUCUGUGAUUAAAUCACAACGUUUUGACAUAUUGUGAAUAUUUCACUUGCUUUACUUUACUUGAACGUUUUGACAUAUUGUGAAUAUUUCACUUGCUUCACUUUACUUUACUUGGCUCAAGCGGUUAGAAUAAUUUCAAACCAGCUCAGACACCUAUUUAGGAGAACACCACAAGCUACCUUUGACAUCUCAGAGCGCUCAAAGUACUUUUUUUUGUAUCUUUCCCUCUGGUGUGCGUGGUAGCCAUGUGGAAGCCAAAAAAAAAAGACAAUCUUUACUCUGGGUAUCUGUUGCAAUAACCGUUAGGAUUACUUUUGCAUGUCCCUCCCGGCUGUAUAAUCCUCUCAUUCGGAAUUCUCUAGCCUAUUUAUUUCGUAAAGAGUUGUUUUUUUACACAGAACCCUUUGCAUUUAGUGUUCAUUAGUUACGUACGUGUUCCGGUAGCGGAAAUGAGAUAUAAAAUAAUUUCUGAAACAAGACUGAUCUGGAAAUUUCGCAGUGAGAUUCAUCAAAUUUAAGAGUUGCUUUGUCAUUUCAGUGAAACUGGAGUAAAGAAGAUUGUGUUUUGUUGUUUCCUACAGCUUACCGAAUGGUCUUUGGACAGCCUAACAUAAAGAGUUACGCCAGCAUAACAAACGCCACCUCGUCUAGUCUCUCGGAAUUUACUAUGUGCCUUUUUGUCAAAAUGAAGGAUACAAAUUUGAUUGGUAGCCAGUGCCUCUACAGUUAUGCGACUAUUGGAGCACGUUAUGGGAAUGCCUUCUACGUUUGUCUGUUUUUCCCAGGAAUUAGGAUCUCUAUAGACGCCUCGGGAAAUGAGUAAGUGAUGUGACAAACACGAUAGAAAUAGUCUGUACUCGAGUCAAAUGGCCCAUCCAACCAAACCGUAAACCGGUUUUUUUUUAAAGAAAGCGACCAAUAGGAGUAUUAAUACUUCCCCUUGGAUGGGAUGCUUAUCUGUUGCAAUUUCAGCAUUUCAUUCGAUUUCCCCGACAGUGUGCCGUAAUACUCCUGGGUGGAGUGAAGCACUGUAAGAAUAAAGUCUGUCGCCCAAGAACACAACACAAUAACGCACUAGAACAAGAUAGAGGAGAAUUAAAAAUAUACUGGAAUGAACGGCGAAUUACGCGCGAGAUAGGGAAGUGAAGAUGAAUUCUUUGAGCUCCUUCCUUCACGGGAGUUUCACACUUACUUUGGCUCACGUUAAAAAAAUAAUAUGCCUGUUCCCGCAAUGGGCUGAAGUGCUCCCAGUGGAGUAUUAGCGAGGCUUCUGAUGGUUUUGGCAUUGUUAGCAACCACGUUAACAAGCGACUUAAAAAUAAAUAAUUAAAUGAGUCUAGUGGUUAAAUCAUUGUUAAUGACAAAAUUAAGUGCUAUGGCGUGUUGAAAGUUGAGUGUAUGGAGUUUGAGAAUUUCCGUGAGCAAGAAAAAUCGCACAGUGAAUUCCCGCAAAAACGGAGUCUUUCUCUUUUCGAAUAAAAUAAAUAAAUGACACUCUUAAUAUAUCUCCCAUUCCAGCAGCUCACACGAAGUUGUAAACAUGCAUAUAGUGCUACAUAUAGAAUUGGAAUGCAUGUUUACAACGUCGUGUGAGCUGCUGGAAUGGGAGAUAUAUCAAGAGUGUCAUUUAUUUAUUUUAUGUCCAAAUUGAGCACUCUAUUUAGGGGGAGUCAUGUCUCGCCAUUGUGCAUUCUCACAAGUCCUCUAACAUGGGUUGGAUGAUACCACAAUUGUGGAAUUAUUCGGGGUAACUAAAUGUUUACACCUCCUACCUAACAUUAGCAUUGCACUGAUGAGGCCCAGUCAGUCAAGAAACGAGUUUCUAACAUAGUUUUAAUUGUUUAUGUUCGUUUUCUAAGUGAUACAGACGCCAGAGUCAAAAUUAAUGAUACCACGUGGCAUCACAUUUGCGUUACCUGGAAAAACACCAAAGGCUACUGGCAGCUUUAUCUGGAUGGACAACUUCAAAUCUCUGGAACAGACUUGAAAAAAGAUCAUCAGAUACCAGCCGGCGGAACAGUUGUCAUUGGACAAGACCAAGAUAAAGUCGGAGGGGGCUUUGGUAUCGAAGAUAGCUUUGGGCCGGGUGAGGUAGCAGAAGUCAAUCUUUGGAGCAGAGUCCUUUCAGGGGAUGAAAUUGCAACUCAGAAGGCAAACUGUGACAUCGCACAAGCAGGCCUUGUUCUCUGGUGGGGACAAUUUAAAGGAAACGUUACUGGUGUGAAAAUAGUCGAGCCUUAAAAGUGAUAGGAUUUUCAUCACCCCCAUCUUGUUUACGACGAAAUGUUUAUCACAGAAGGAAAUCCUUCCUCGAGCAAGGAACACCUAAACACUGAUCAGUAUCCACAUACAUGCUAAAUAGCUUUGGCCACUCGUAUUAUGGAGUUCAACAAUUGUUAUUACACAGAUAAUAGCCCUUUUACCCUGUUCAGUAGAGUGUUUGAUAGAUUGUGCUCUUCUGUUUAUGAUUUGAUAACCUUAAGGUUGCUGUGUAGUCGCUCGUUACUGUGAUAAAACGCCAAAGUUCAGGACUGAAGUAGCGAGUAUCAUUCAGUUAUUAGUCACAAAACGUCCAAGCUAAGUUUUCACGAAUAUCAUGAUCUUAAUCACCAAAACAAGAUCUCUGAACCACAGGACACAAGUUGUGUCCCUUUCUCGUUGAUUUUGUUGCACGAGGCAAUCGAAGGCGGCAGAAAAAGAGAGGAUAAAAAAAUUGCUGCUUUGGGUGAAAUCUUGGAUAGUCGCAUUCCCCCCUCCAGAGUCAUAUUGCGCCAGAGUAUUUUCCCUUAACUUAACCUUUAAAGAGAAGCUCAAAACCCAGCCUUAAAUUUUGUUGGAGGAAACGAAAAAGUGGAGGGUAAAUGAACUGAGCGAAAUAUGUAAAUAUCAAGUAGAAUUUAUAUUGUGUAAUAUGACCGAACUAUUUAAUGAAAACAAAGCGUCAUAAGACCUGUUCGUGUUCGUCUCUUCCUUCAAAGCGAUCGAUGUUCACUCUUACGGCUUGUGCUUCCUGUUUGUACACACUAUUAUAAUAGUUCGAUGUUCAGAUAAUCAAAGUUACUUUAGGAAUUUUUACACUUCAUUAACGGAUAGCGUACCGGAUAUUCUUAACGCACAGAACACGAUAUAAGCGUUAUUAGCCGAACUCUGACUAAUUAGUUGGCUGGAAAUUGGCCGAAUUCUUUCUGCUUUGCGUUUUUUCUUUAAAUUAUAAUUUUACAGAGCUCUUCUUUGUAUUUGAAGUUUCAGUGGUUGCAAUAAUUUCCUGCCGAUCUACAAUCUUUUUUUUUGGCUUCAAAAUUUUGAGCAAGAACGUGACGUGGAUGCUAGUUACUAUAGGUUCUCCUGGAAGCGAGCAGUUAUAUUUAUAUUGUGUAAUAUGACCGAACUAUUGUGUAAAAUACUUGGAUGAUCCUUGGGCACCAUUCCCCGCAAACCCCUUCUCAGUAGGUUUCGAGAUGGCUACCGUCCACUCAUAGGGAGAACCUGGGAAAAAGGGAACAAGACGAGUUGACCUAAGUCAUUGGACAUGGCCGUCCUCCUUUACAAAAGACAUAAAUUUUAGCCGCCACAUUGGCCGAGGAAGGUGUGAGGAGCCUGAAAAACUAAUACCCAGUUCUCGUUCUUGUAAGUGCUCCCUUACUUCCUUGUCGACCAGGUCUAAAAAAUGUAUCAUCUCCUCCCUUGUGACUAAAAUCGAUGAGGAUUUUCUUUUUUCUUAUUUUUAGAGAAAAAAUGCGAAAAGAGCUUGGGAAACAAAUUAGAGAGGCUGAGAGCUACUAAGGUCCCUAACGAAAAUGAUGGCAAGGAAACAUUCAAAUGCAUCAAAAAAGGCUUCUUUAGCGCUGUUGUUUUACCAAGUUAAUCAUUUUUCACACAGGCAUAUAACUUAGCAUAUAACUUAGCAUAUAACUUAAGUUAUAUGCUUCUGUUUGCCAUUGACAGAUCCUCGAUACCGCCACCUUUUAAUUUUCUCAAGUUUAAAAGCAUCUUUAUCGCCCCCGGCCAAGUUCUAUUCUUUCACGACUGACAGUUGAGACCCCCUACCUUUGGAUAGCAAUUUUUUUGCAUUAUUUGCACUAAAAUUAUGAGGGAGCUGUGUAUUCAACGAAAAAUAUUCAUGAUCAAUUAUCCAAUACUUUACUAUUUUACCGCAUGAUGAUGAAUUCACCUGUCUAGUUUCCGUUUAGAAGAUGGCAUGUUGUCAGAAAUUCUGUUUUCUUUUUGUUUGCUUGUCACGAAGUGUGGCGUAUUCCUUAAAAUUACCAAUUUCAGUGUCGGUUAAAGUGGUGCAUUUGUCAUGGGAGGUGUGGCCUAUGGAAUACGAGCUCACUUUAAGCAAGUCCUUUCUCUAAUUUUGGUCUCGCUAGGUAAAUAAUUUGAAUAACUGGAUGAUCAUAUUAAUAUUCAGGUUUUCAUGAAGCCGAUUUGUAAUGUCAGUCGAUAAUUUGAAAAUAGUUCCAACAAAAAUUUGUCAGAGCUUUAAAUGAUUUAGUGUUGUUUAGGCUUCCAGACUUGACUUUACAAUUUUAGUGAUUCACGCGACUGAAUCAUUUCAUUUUGAAUUUAAUAUGUAUUGAUAUACAUCAAAAAGUCACGUGCGUCCGAUUGGUCGAAAACGAGUGUAUUUUUCAUGUAACACGAGCGCAAAGUUAUAGCACGAAUGCAAAUUUCAAAUGCAAAGUUUUGUCCAUUUUGACUUUCUGUUAUGCGGCCUGUCAUUCAGCUGGUUAUCAUGUAUAAUCUUUUCUGUUAGGCAUCCGAGUAUUAUUGCCUAAAUUACGCUGAAGUUGACCAAUCAAGAUUCGGAUUGCGUGGGGUACAUCUUUAAGGACAUCGGGAAAGACAGUAAACAGACUUAUUCUGUAAUGACAUUUUUCGCGAUGGGACUUGAAAACACUUCCCUCUUUGUCUUCUUUCGAGGAGUUAUAUUACUCUACGCAGUUUUCCACGCAGGAGUAGAAUCGUCUGCCCUUUCUCGAUCAACAUAUUUCACAACGUUGACAAAUAAGCGGCUUAAAGGUUUUGUCGUGAAACGGUUUAAGUCGACCAGUCAAAUUUGGUGUAGUCAGUCUUGUUUGAAAAACGCCUGGUGUACUUCAACAAACUUCAAACUUACUCCUCAAACUUCCAAGUCUGACGGCAAAGGAACUUGUGAACUAAACAAGCACGACGUUAUCAAAGAAAACGCACAUUUACAGUUCGAGGCGGAAGUCAUUUUCUCAACACUUAUUAAGGUAAAUAAUUGCAAUGUUUUGAUCGUUUUCAAUGUAUUCAGUGAUACCAAGUUUAAUCAUCUGCAGGUUAGUCACCAAUUCGUUUAUUUUUAAAAGUCUUGUAAUUAAGCAAGUUUUCAUUUUUACAGUCUAACUCUUCCCUUACUUCAGGAAAAUAAACCCUUAAUUAGGCAGAGGUCUUCAGUGCGAUCUUUUUUUUCGGAGAGCUCCAGAAUUCAAUAAAAUUAUGAAUAAAAAAAACCUAAAAUCCAAAGAUGAUUGAAAACUGAAUUUUUACGCCGAGCUGUAGUACCAGACACACAACCUGCAUAACGACCAAAGAAAAUUAGUAAGAAUAAUCGUUGUCAUUUCUAUACCCAUAAUUUUCAAGCCUUUGUUUUGGUUGUUCCUUAACCCCCUUUUCUGUGAAAAGAUCCACCCACCUCAUGCAGUUCGUGAGCCGCAAAAACAAGCUGGUUGCACCAAACAAAUAUUUUGUUUCCCCGCCGACGUUUGAGACCUUUGGUGAUAGCAUUCAUCGAUUACCGGUUUAGCAUGAAAGUUAGAAGUUCUUUUUCAUGAAAACGGAAAAAUACUUCUCCUUUAACUAACUAAGGACAAUAAUAACAAGAAGAGAUGAAGAAAAAUAUUCCAUCGGGCGUUUGGUGAUAGGUAAAAUCAACUGCAAAUGUUAUGCACCUUAAAGAAACCAUUCACUAAUUAUGCAAAUUUUUGUAAAGAACAAAAAACUAGAACUGAUGCUUGCCAGCAGAAGCAAGUUUUGGAAAUGGCACAUACACUUUCUUUUAUUCCCUUUUAAAUGAAAUCCUUUUCCAGCAAAUGUAGGAAUUUAGAAACACCAUGUUUUGAUCGAGAUAUUUGAAAUUAUAUGCCGUCCCCAAACGGCUGGUGGGCUCUUGUUUGUUUCUCAUUUGCAUCACAAAAAAAUUGCAAUAACUCCACCGUGAGUAAAAGCUUGGGGUUGCAGCGAAUCGCAUGUUACUGUGUUUGAAUAUGUAGUAGUUUUUAACUGAAGUUUAUAGAAGCUAGACCAUUAAUAAAAUAACAUGCCUUGACUUCGUUUGGCAGAAGUCAAUACAUGUACUUGUAGAUGUUGACUAAAUGCGUAGUUAAAAGCAAAACUUUUAGGCAGCCAGUGUUUUUUUUUCCGUUGUUUUUGCCUAUAAACGCAUUACCACCUUGUAAAUCAUAUUUCAGAAGUUUGUUGAAGAAUUGGCAAGGACAGAUAAAUUGUUUCGUUAAAUUUGGCGAUAGGGUAGGCUUGAUACCCACCCGGUUGUUGGAGCUGGAUCUAGGAGAUAACAAAAAAACCGUAGUUGAGAGCGUGACUAUUUUCCAGCCAAUUGUUUUUAAUCCGUCAGUAGGAAAGUGAAAUAAUUUUGAAGCAUAUUUAUGUUUAUUUAUAUUCUUCUCAUUAUUCCAUCGGCUACUCCUUCUUUUAGGAUUGCCGACUAGCAGCCAACACCUGUUUAAAUGGUGGUGUGUGUUUUAUGACGAGAAAAAAAAGCAAACUUAUUCAUGCCAAUGCAAGCCCCCUUGGACCGGAGAAACUUGUGCUGAUCUGUGUAAGAAACAAUUUUAUAAAUUAGAAUGAAGUUGUAAUAUGCUGCCUGUCGAGAAAAGCUUGAGAGCAGUUUUCCUGUUUCGUUUAUGUGCGACAAUUGAAAAAAUGUAGCGAGACGGUUUUCUGCAAACAAGCAAACAAACUUCGUUCGAACGCUAUUUUGAUGAGAUCUUCUCCUUAAAAGUUUUCGCAUUGUUUUUUUUCUUUUGUUACGCUCAUGCUUCAUGAGAUUUAAUUCGAUUCAAAAGCGUUAUUAGCUAGACCGCUUUAAUCAUAUAUGGUUUGAAGAUCGGUAGGUCAGUCGCCAUAUGAUGUAACUUCUUUUUACUGACAACAACUCUUUUGAAAUGUUGUCUUGUAAUCGCAAAAAGUUACCUGUGACAGCCAUCCCUGCAAAAACAAUGGAACUUGCACAGACGAAGUCAACGAAUAUAACUGCAGCUGUGCACCAGGAUUUUACGGGACACAGUGUGAAAAGAUUGAAGGCCUGUCUUGCUCAUCAGGUUUGUAGAGACGUGUAUCGUAUUUUGAUGACAUAUUCUGAGAGCGCAAGCUUCCUUCUACAAAGACAAGUUCUCGUGGAGAUGUGGUUCACAAUUCAACAUUUUAGAAAGUUCUUGAUGGAACAUUAAUUAAGGUUCUGGAAGACAGAAUACGCCGAUGUUUUAUUUUGAUAACGAUUUCUCAUAAAAAUUUUCGUUAACUAAUAAUCAUCAGCAACAGGAAGCUGUAAACGGUAUCUGAACAACUGCGCUCCUACCCCUCACCUAACCCAACAAUCGUCAAUUGAUAACAAGUUAAGGUUAAUGUUGGGCUAGGGGAGGGGUAAGUGUGCAGUUGCUCGCAUACUUAUAUUGAUCUAAUCUAUCGCUUUUUAACUCUUUACACCAUAACAUCAGUAUGCAUAUUCUCCAUACUGUUCUUUAUACAUUUCCUAAGGUGCUGACGAGGAGAGUUUGUUUACCGAUCAAAAGCUUCUUUGGUUGGUGAUCAUUUCCUUUAUUCUCAUGACCCUAAUGUUUGAUUCAGCGCUGAUGUUGUAUGGAGAAAUUAGGUGCUAGUCAUUCUUAGGGGUUAAAGGGUAAAAGAAGUAGAAAGUAACUAUUGGAUUUUAAAUUGUGUGAAAAGUUUAUACCUCAAGGUUUAUUUGGCUUUAGAAGUCAGAAUAACUUCAAACGAGCUCACCUAUUUAGGAGAACACCACAAGCUACCUUUGACAUCUCAGAGCGCUCAAGGUAUAUAUUUGUAUUUUUCUCUCUGGCGUGUAUGGUAGCCAUGCGGAAGCCAAGGCAAGAUUUUUCGAAAACAAAGACAAUCUUAACUCUAUGUAUCUGUUGCAACAACCGUAAGGAUUAUUUUUGUAUGUCCCCUCCAGGCUAAAUAAUCCUCUCAUUUGGAAAUCUCUGGCCUAUUUAUUUCGUAAAGAGUUUUUCUUUUAGACAGAACCCUUUGCACUUAAUGUUUAUUAAUUACGUACGUGAUCCGGUAGCAGACAUGAAAUAGAAAGUCAUCCCUGAAACAAGAUUAAUCCGGAAAUUUCGCCGUAAGAUGCAUCUAAUUUAAGAGUUGCUUUGCUAUUUCAGUGAAACUGGAGUUAAGAAAAUUGUGUUUUGCUGUUUCCUACAGCUUACCGAAUGGUCUUUGGACAGCCUACCAACAAGAGUUACGCCAGCAUAACAAACGCCACCUCGUCUAGUCUCUCGGAAUUUACUAUGUGCCUUUUUGCCAAAAUGAAGGAUACAAAUUUGAGUAAUGAACAGUGCCUCUACAGUUAUGCGACUAUUGGAGCACCUUAUGGGAAUGCCUUCUACGUUUGUCUGCUUUCCCCAAGAAUUAGGAUUUCUAUAGACACCUGGGGAGAUGGGUAAGUGAUAUGACAAACACAAUAGAAAGAGUCUGUACUCGAGUCAAGUGGCCCAUCCAGCCAAACCGUAUACCGGUUUACCCCUGUAUGGGAUGCUAAUCUAUUGCAAUCUCAGCAUUUUAUUCGGUUUCCCCGACAAUGUGCCGUAAUACUCCUGGGUGGAGUGAAGCACUGCGAGAAUAAACUCUUUCACCCAAGAACACAACACAAUAACGCAAUAGAACAAGAUAGAAGAGAAGUAAAAAAUAUACCGGAAUGAAUGGCGAAUUACGCGCGAGAAAGGGACAUGAAGAUGAAUUUUUUGAGCUUCACGCGAGAUUCACACUUACCUUGGCUCACCUCAAAAAAAUAAUAUGCCUGUUCCCGCAAUAGGUUAAAGUGCUCCCAGCGGAGUAUUAUCGAGGCUUACGAUGGUAUUUGGCAUUGUUAACAACCACGUUCUCUUGUUUUUGUUCCCAAUCGACUUAAAAAUAAAUAAUUAAACGAGUCUAGUGGUUUAAUCAUUGUGACAAAAUUAAGUGCUAUGGCGUGUUGAAAAUUGAGUGCAUGGAGUUUGAGAAUUUCCGUGAGCAAGAAAAAAUGCACAGUGAAUUCCCGCAAAAACGGAGUCUUUCUCUUUUCGAAUAAAAUAAAUAAGUGACGCUCUUAAAAUAUAUCUCCCAUUCCAGCAGCUCACACAACGUUGUCAACACGCAUUCCAAUUCUAUAUGUAGCACUAUGUAUAUGUAUAUAUAUAUAUGUAUAGUUCAUAGCAGUGAUGAGGCCCAGAAGGCCGAAACAGUACAAAUAAAGGUGAACAACCAAUCUUGAUGCCACAUUGAAUAUCACCGCAAUCAGUCAAGAAACGAGUUUCUAACAUAGUUUUAAUUGUUAUGUUCAUUUUCUAAGUGAUAUAGACAGCGGAGUCAAAAUUAAUGAUACCAUGUGGCAUCACGUUUGUGUUGCCUGGAAAAACACCAAAGGCGACUGGCAGCUUUAUCUGGAUGGACAACUUAAAAGCAAUGGAACUGACUUCAAAAAAAAUCAUCAGAUACCAGCUGGCGGAACAGUUGUCAUUGGACAAGACCAAGAUAAAGUCGGAGGGGGCUUUAAUAUCAAAGAUAGCUUUGGGCCGGGUGAGGUAACUGAAGUCAAUCUUUGGAGCAGGGUCCUUUCGGGGGAUGAAAUUGCAGCUCAGACGGCAAACUGUGACAUCGCAAAAGCAGGCCUUGUCCUCUGGUGGUUACAGUUCAAAGGAAACGUUACUAGUGUGGUAAUAGUCGAGCCCUAAAAGUGAUAGGAUUUUGAACACCACCAUCUUGUUUACGACGAACUGUUUAUCACAGAAGGAGAUCCCGGCUUCCUCGAGGAAGGAACACCUUAAACACUGAUCAAUAUCUACGUACAUGUUAAAUAGCUUUGACCACUAGUAUUAUUAUUGAUAUUACACAGAUGACAGCCCUUUUACCCAGUUCAGUAGACUGUUUUAUAGAUUGCGUCCUUGUAUUUAUGAUUUGAUAGCCUUAAGGUUGCUCUGUAGUCGCUCGCUACUGUUAAUAAAACGCCAAAGUUCAGGACUGAAGUGGCGAGUAUCAUUCAGUUAUUAGUCACGGAAACGUUUAAGCUAAGCUUGCACGAAUAUCAUGAUGUUAAUCACCAAAACAAGAUCUCUGAACCACAGGACACAAGUUGUGUCCCUUUCUCAUUGAUUUCGUUGCACGAGGCAAUCGAAGGCGGUAAAAGAGAGGAUGAAAAACAUUUCUGGCUUAGGUGAAAUCUUGGAUAGUUGCAUGCCCCCCUCCAGAGUUAUAUUGUGCCAGAGUAUUUUCCCUUAACUUAACCUUUAAAGAAAAGCUCAAAACCCAGCUUUAAAUUUUGUUGGAGGAAACGAAAAAGUGGGGGGUAAAUGAACUGAGCGAAACACGUAUAUAUUAAGUAGAAUUAAUAUUGUGUAAUAUGACUGAACUAUUUAAGGAAAACAAAGCGUCAUAAGACCUGUUUGUGUUCGUCUCUUCUUUCAAAGCGAUCGAUGUUCACUCACACGGUUUGCGCUUCCUAUUUGUGCACAUUACUAUCAUAGUUCAAUUUUCAGAUAAUCAAAGUUACUUUUGGAAUUUUCAUACUUAGUUAAUGAAUAGCGUACCGGAUAUUCUUAACGCACAGGACACGACGUAAGCGUUAUUGGCCAAACGCUGACUGAUUAGUUGGCUGGAAAUUGGUCAAGUUCUUUCUGCAUUGCGUUUUUCUUUAAAUUAUAUUAUACAGUGCUCGUCUUUGUAUUUGAAGUUUCAAUGGCUGCAAUAAUUUCCUGCUGGUCUACAAUGUUGUAUUAUUUGGCUUCAAAAUUUUGAGCAGGAUUCACAUGGAUGCUAGUUACUAUAAGUUCUCCUAGAAACGAGCAAUUAUGUGAGCAUAUUACUUGGAUGAUCUUUGGGCGCCAUUACCCACAAACCCCUUCCCAAUAGGUUUCGAGAUGGCUGCCGCCCACUCUCUUUUGAGCUUCAUAGGGAGAACCUGGGAAAAAGGGAACAAGGCAAGUUGAGCUGGGUCAUUGGAAAAUCUCAUCCUGGACACGGUCGUCCUACUUUACAAAAGACAUAAAUUUUAGCCGCCAUAUUGGCCGAGGAAGGCGUGAGGAGCCUGAAAAAGUCAUACCCAGUUCUUGUUCUUGUAAGUGCUCCCUUAGUUCCUCGUCAACCAGGUCUGAAAUUGUGUCAUCUGCUCCCUAUGACUAAAACCGAGGAGGAUUUUUCUUCUUUUUUUUUUUUUUUUAGAGAAAAAUGCGAAAAGCGCUCGGGAAACAAACCAGAGAGGCUGAGAGCUACUAAGGUCCCUAACGGAAGUGACGGCCAGGAAAUAUUCAAAUGCAUCAAAAAACGCACCUUGAAGGCCAUUGUUAUAUUUAGCUAAUCAAUUUUCACACAAGCAUGUAACUGAGCAAAAAAUUCUCUAUUUUUAGGAUCAUUUAAAAGAGAGUCAUCGUUGAUUUUUUGCCAUUCGUGUUUAAGUUGUAAAGGAUUAACAUUACUUUUGAUUUCCACCGUUUUCCAUAAAUUGUGUCUAAGUCACAAAACCUUCCUACGUACCUUUGUCUUGUCUUUUCAUUUGUAAUCGUAAUUGAUUAUGUUUUUAAGUAACCGCAAGUGCAACCAAAGUAAUAUUUGAAAUAAUAUCAACGGGUUGGAACUGAUAACGACAUUCAGCUGAAAGUUGAUUUGUUCAUAAUAAAGGUAGUUGUAAUGUGCUGUCGUAAAGGAUGUUAAUUGAUGAAGUUUGAAGAAGAACCAACUUAAAGUUUUAUGUUUAAUUUCUUUUUUUUAAUUUCAUAUGUUCAUUUAUAUUCUACGUACUAUUUACUAUUUACAAUAUUUUUAAUAAGAUUUGCGACAUCAAUCACAAUACCAAUGUUACAUAAAUAAUACAAAUACGUAUUUCAACUGGGUGCCGCAAAACCAAAACCAAAUUAAUCACCUUCGUGUUAUCAAGAAGAAAGGGGUGGGGGGGGGGGGGGGGAGGGGGGUUUCUUGUUGUAUUUUUUUCUUACAUUGGAAAUUUUGCGGCGUACUUAUAAAAUUGUUACACGCGGGAUACUAUGAAUUACUCUAUUCACGAUUAGAUUGCGUACUUACCCAAUAUAUAGUACAGUCACUAUUAACAAUAAGGUUGCAUUUAUUCUUCUUAAGUCAUAAAUAAUAACUAUGUUUACUUAAGUUACAAGGUAAAUUUAACUUGAGGGUCUCUACAGGGCAUUGAUUCUUACGGUUAACAGUUAAAAAUUUUAGUCAUUUUACGUCGAGCGAUUAAUUUCUUUCCGUUGCAAUUAAAAGAUAAAAUUUUGGGGGUUAACUUUUUUUUACGACUAAUGGUUAAAUUUAUCACUUUUUAUCCCUAAAAAUUAUUUUUUUCGCCGUUUCACGGCUAACAGCUAACCCGACUGAGACCCCUUACCUUUGGAAAGCAAUUGUUUCGAUUAUCUACACUAAAAUUAUGAGGGAGCUGUGUAUUUUGGAUUUACGUUAAAAAACACUAGACUUCUUUAAGUCCUAAUAGAAAAUAUUUAGGAAGUAUCUCCAUACAGUGUUAUUUACAAUGGACACUAAACGGUGCGAAUGUUGUCGCACGACUCUAAAUACGAUCGAACUUCAUACUAUACAACAAUGCGUUUCGCUGGUAAAUGUUUUCUGACUUCAUUACCACGAAUGUCAAAAGAAACGUCGUUCAUGCUGUAAUCACGAUACAAGAUACCUUUCUCUUCAAGUUGACUCAAAAUACACAUUAAAAUGCUGCUAAUACACAGGGCUACUAUGAAUCACGAUUAGACUGCAUACACUUGCCCAAACGUCUCGGACGUUUUCUGCAAGAUGACAGGCAAUUUGAUGGGAAAGGUUUGCUUUUCCACCACGAGGUGAUGAUCAUAGGUAGGUAAUAAGUUUAUAACCAACCGUGCAAUUUGGAAUAAGUAUGCAAGCAUGGGUAGUUUUUUUUUUUUCAAAACAUUGCGCAAACCCUUACGAUGCGUGUAAAGAUGUCAUGAAAUCGAGGAGUGCUUGUUUCUUCUUAAGGGAACAAUAAAUCAGCUUAAAAGAUUUCUGGGAGUGUGCAACCUUGUAUUCUUAAUUCCAAUUUCGCUUUGUUGGAGUUUAAUUAAUGUUCUCUCGACCAAUCGACACUUUUUGGUUAAUUGAAAAUCAGCAUGUUUUUCAUUCCUCACUGUAGAAUUGGCAAUCAAGCAGGCGGUGUGCGCACUCCGAUUACGUUGCAUUGUGGUAGCUUCAUUUUCAAUAUAGCGGUGAAAGCAGCAGAAUUCGGCAGAUUUUGACUGAACAUUCCGUAAAAGUUAGGCCGUUCCUUUUUCCUUUCACCAUAGGUAAAUGUUAUUUGAUUUAUUCUGAAUGUGUAAAAGUAUUUUUUGUUCGUAUUUGUCCCCUAUUCUAUGGUUCUCAAGGACAAACGCGAUCACUGUUUUUUUGUAUGUAAUUUGAGACCGGAUUUCAAGAAGGUCAAAUUUGAUGUACGUCGUAGUUUGGAGCCUUUCAAAGAUUUGGAUGGCCGCUUUGAUCCUUCUUUAAGAGCCCUGACCAAACGCUCUCAAAUGCUCUCCAACGGCACAUGCGUUUCUCGCAUUUUAAGUGCGGGUGUUUGAGACCGAUUAUGGCCGAGAAAAGGCUUAUUGUUGCGUUACACAGCGUUACUAUUAUAUAGUCAAUUGUGUUGUAAAUCUACUUUCCUAAGUAAAAGGAAAUUAACUUAUCGCGAGUGUUGUAUGGUAAAUCUACUGUCUUGAUCAUUAAAUGAAGGACAGUUGAAUUUGAGCCAUUAACGGAAUCACUUGACCAAUGAAUAACUCUACAAUGAGCACGGUGACACACCGGGUAAGCCGGAAAGCAAAAGGUAGUCGAUCGUUAAACGGUGUUGAUUGCUAGAGCGACUUCUGCCAUUCGCUUGCACUUUUAAAUCUUCUAACCUGAAGGGCUUAGCUGUUAUAACGAUAUCCUUUAAUGAAUUCCAUUUACGAUGUGGUGUUAAGGGUUAGUUUUAAGAAGAGAUGACGAGAUUGUGUUACAAAAGGUAAUAUUUUCAUGUGAGCGCGCUUUUUUUUUUUAAGUAUCAGUCUCUCCCGCAGAAUAUAACUCCAAAGAUACGUUUGUCAAAACCUUAUUCUAGGUAUUUUAUAUUCUUUAAGCAUAUUUGAAACUCUGUACAUUUUUUAAUAAACGUUGAACGUGACGAAUUUGGUGUUAGGAGGUGUAAGGCUUCUCCUUUCGCGAAUUCCGUAUUCACGCCCUUAAGUGUAUGACAUGGAAAAUAAUUCGUGUAUUAGAAGGUCGCUGCCUCUUUGGAAUGCAUUUGCAUGUCAAGGAACGAUUCUCCGUUAAAUUACUCGCGGAUUUGAUAUUAUUCACACAGCUAUCAGCUAUGUGUGAAACUGCUGCCAAACGAAUAGAUUAUCAGGCAAGACUGCAGUUUCGAUUCUUUCUGAAUGUCUUCAAUUACCUCCUAACAACGAAUUUGUCACGGAGGAAUAACAGGAGUCGGACAGGCCCGCGAACACUUUUUAACUUUCGAAGGAACUGCAACAGACAGUGAAUUUUCAUUAAAUUCCACGUUUAUUCACGCUAUCUUGCUGCUACCAGAGAUGUUCACUUGACCACGACAGGAUGCAAAUGACUUAUUUUUCAUUUUACGACCAUGAUGCAACGCAAUCAGAGUGCACACACCGCCUGGCAAUCAAGCAUAAAUUUACAUUGCAAAGAGUUAAUUGCGUGGGCGAGUAUAAAUGAACGUCUCCGCAAAUUUUCCCUACGUAAAUCGAACGAUGAAAAAAAUCGUGGUAAGUGGUCGUGUGUAAACUCUUGACUGAAGCCUUCAACAAACAUUGAAGGUUGAGGUGAUGGAACCUGUAAACGCUCCUCCAUUUGUUCUUUUUCGAGGAUUGUUGCUCCUCUACGCAGUUUUCAUCACCGCAUUAGAGUCAUCCACUGUUUCUGGAUCAGCAUACUUCACAACGUUGACAAAUAAGCAGCUUAAAGGCUUUGUGGUAAAACGGUUUGAGUCUCCUGGUCAAAUUUGGUGCAGUCAGUCUUGUUUGAAAAACGCCUGGUGUACUUCAACAAACUUCAAACUUGCUCCUCAUAUUUCGAAGUCUGAUGGCAAAGGAACUUGCGAACUAAACAAGCACGAUGGCUCUGUUGUUAAAGAAAACAUGCAUUUGCAGUUGGAGGAAGGUGCCACUUUCUCAAUGCCUCUUAAGGUAACGAACAGCCUAAAAUGCCAAUCAUUUGGCUUUAAAAGGCUCCGCAAGAUUAAGUUGAUGCAACUGCAGUUUAAUUAACAUUUAAAUUGUUAAUUGGAGAUUAAUUUUGAAAUUAACUAGUGUGUCUUUAUAUCGCUAAUUGACUCAUUUGAACUAAAGUCUUCAGUGCCACAUUUCUUUUUAGCAGUUUUUAGAAUUUUAAGGCUGGAAAGUGAAAAUUCAUGACCACAGCAUUAUAAUUGAAGUUGAGCAAAAACCUAACUUCGAUGUGAAAAAUAGAUGUCUUGAAUUUCCUCAAAUUAUGGGUGUAUAUGAUUGGAAAAAAUUACUGUUAUUGCACAAGAAAACCAAGAGCAUAGCUAUUUUAAAAAAGCGCUAGUCGGCACUUUCUAUCGAUUUACCAGCCUAAUAACUAGUAUGAGGUGUUGGGAGAACACGAGUAUUACUGUAAAUCAUGAGUCAAAAGGGAUUGUUGUGCUAACAUAUCCCGUGUGCGAUAUCGUCGCUAAAAUGAUAAAAGGCUCGAUUUAUUGCUAAAUAGCCAACAGGUGCUCUUCACGGCAAAGUGUGUUAGAAAAAAUUAGCAUACAUUUUUAAGACUACUACCCUUCUCAACGCUUUUUUUCGUUUUGAUUUGCUAACAAUGAAUCUCCUUUACAGAGAAACUAUUUACGCUAGAUUUCUGCAUUAUUCUUGAGUAUUCUGAGUUACGAGCAGCUGGCAUGAGACAAAAUUUAAUCCUUGAUUUCGUGUAUGCCACGAUCUUAAUACAGUCGAAAUGCAAGCAAUAAAAACCUACCUUUCCACUUAUUUUUCUGUUUUGAGGUUUUAAUCAGAGCUGUUUUUUUUUUGAAAGCGAAAUGGAUGUAUGCCUUGAAUAAUGGCAUGAAUUGACAAACAACGAGGAAAACACAGGAGAACAAAAAUUAUUGACCAUUUCUUCGAUGAAGGGCAAACCUCAUCUUGAAUAAGGUAAUGCCGGCUUAUAUGAAUCAUUAUUUAUGCAAAUAUGUCUGUUCAUAAACUUCAUUCACCAUGACCAGAACCACAGCUUUUUUCUUACUUCUGGAAACAUGCCAAAUAUUUCGCUCAGGAAUUAAAACACCGAGAAUCUAAAGCUAUCAGACGCCGCAAAGACUGAUUAAUUUCAGCAUAAGCCGAAGAAAGAAGACAUUGACUUGCUUCUGUCGGUCUUAACAAAAUAUUUUUCUGGCGUGUAAAAUGUGUUUGACAAAAUAUGUGGUCUUAUCGCCUACUAUUCAGCCUAUGUGCUAGCAUUUUGAAUUUUAAUGGCAAAAUCUUUCGGAAUGAAGGUAACAUAUACUGUGCAGGCCUCAGAAGCUGUUUUUUCUAGAGAAAUGUAGUUUAACAAAAUUGUAAUCUGUGCAGGCGACAUGGUAAGCGAACGGGUUUGUUGUUUUUGUUUGUUUCGUCUUUUUGUCUAAGUUCUGCCAAAACAGAUGAUAAAUUUUGGCACAUUAGGCUUCCGGCAUCGAAACAGCUAUUCAAUGAAAGGCGAGCUCAAUUUUCCUUUUGAAACUGAUAUCAGUGCAUUAUGGAGAUCUUCUCUAAUUUGAUUUCAUUGAUCUCUACUGAUAUGAAAUAGAUAGAGGUGUAGAUUGGUGAUUGGAUGGAUCAGAAGUGACCCAUUACAUGAAGGAAUGGAUGUUUCAAAGAAAAUACUUAAAAAAUACUUAACUUUCCGGUUGUCUAUCGAAUUUCUUUAGAAACUUACCCUCUUUAUAUAAUUUUAAAUGCAUUAUUCUUUGUUACAGGCCAAAUAACGGCAGAAAUCGACUAUUACAUUUUCAUUGAUACGGCAAUUAAUUUUAGGUCCGAAAUUUUACAUCGAGCUCGAAAGCUAGCUGAGCACAUCUUGGUAAUAAUUCCAAAGUACAUUCAUAUUCGUGUUCUGAACGGUUUUUUUACGACGUAUUGUCUGUUACUGCUUCUUGUUAGGGCUGCCAAAUAACCAACAGUUGUAAAAAUGGAGGUGCUUGCGUGUACGACGAGAAAAAACAAAAUUAUUCAUGCAAGUGCAAGCCGUCUUGGACCGGAGAAACUUGUGCUAAGCAGGGUAAGAACAAUUUUGAACAGUAGAAUGAAGAUGGUAAAGUUCUGUCGUGAAUUUAUGUAGUAUGCGCUUGUUGCGCUUGGUGAUGAAUUCACCUAGUUUCCGUUUAGAAGAUGUCAUAUUGUCAGAAAUUCUGUUUUCUUUUUGUUUGCUUGUUACGAAGCGUGGCGUAUUCCUCAAAACUACCAAUUUCAGUGUCGGUCAAAGUGGUGUAUUUGUCAUGGAAGGUGUAGCCUAUGCAAUACGAGCCCACUUUAAGCAAGUCCUUUUCUAAUUUUGAUCUUAGCAUGUAUUUUCGUGCUUUUUAUCUCAUAAACGUUUGACGCUAGGUAAAUAAUCUGAAUAAUUCAGGUUUUCAUGAAGCCGAUUUUUAAUGUCAGUCGAUAAUUUGAAAAUAGUUCCAACAAAAAUUUGUCAGAGCUUUAAAUGAUUUAGUAUUGUUUAGGCUUCCAGACUUGACCUUACAAUUCUAGUGAUUCACGCAACUGAAUCAUUUCAUUUUGAAUUUAAUAUGUAUUAAUAUACAUCAAAAAGUCACGCGCGUCCGAUUGGUCGAAAACGAGUGUAUUUUUUCAUGUAACACGAGCGCAAAGUUAUGGCACGAAUGCAAAUUUCAAAUGCAAAGUUUUGUCCGUUUUGACUGUCUGUUAUGCGUUUUUUUAUAUAAAUUAUUAAUAAGUAACAAAAUGGUUUCUCGUGCAAUUUGUACAAAUAAGCACUUAAAUUACGUUGAAGUUGACUAAUCAAAAUUGGGAUUGCGUGGGUACAUCUUUAAAGACAUCGGCAAAGACAGUAAACAGACUUAUUCUGUAAUGACAUUUUUCGCGAUGGGACUUGAAAACACUUCCCUCUUUGUCUUCUUUCGAGGAGUUAUAUUACUCUUCGCAAUUUUCCACGCAGGAGUAGAAUCGUCUGCCCUUUCUCGUUCAACAUAUUUCACAACAUUGACAAAUAAGCGGCUUAAAGGUUUUGUCGUGAAACGGUUUAAGUCGACCAGUCAAAUUUGGUGUAGUCAGUCUUGUUUGAAAAACGCCUGGUGUACUUCAACAAACUUCAAACUUACUCCUCAAACUUCCAAGUCUGAUGGCAAAGGAACUUGUGAACUAAACAAGCACGACGUUAUCAAAGAAAACACACAUUUACAGUUCGAGGCGGAAGUCAUUUUCUCAACACUUAUUAAGGUAAAUAAUUGCAAUGUUUCGAUCGUUUUCAAUGUAUUCAGUGAUACCAAGUUUAAUCAUCUGCAGGUUAGUCACCAAUUCGUCUAUUUUGAAAAGUCUUGUAAUUAAGCAAGUUUUCAUUUUUACAGUUUAACUCUUCCUUUACUUCAGGAAAAUAAACCCUUAAUUAGGCAGAGGUCUUCAGUGCGAUCUUUUUUUUCGGAGAGCUCCAGAAUUCAAUAAAAAUUAUGAAUAAAAAAAACUAAAAUCCAAAGAUGAUUGAAAACUGAAUUUUUACGCCGAGUUGUAGUACCAGACACACAACCUGCAUAACGACCAAAGAGAACUAGUAAGAAUAAUCGUUUUCAUUUCUAUACCCAUAAUUUUCAACCCUUUGUUUUAGUUGUUCGUUAACGCCCUUUUCUGUGAAAAGAUCCACCCACCUCAUGCAGUUCGUGAGCCGCAAAAACAAGCUGGUUGCACCAAACAAAUAUUUUGUUUCCCCGCCGACGUUUGAGACCUUUGGUGAUAGCAUUCAUCGAUUACCGGUUUAGCAUGAAAGUUAGAAGUUCUUUUUCAUGAAAACGGAAAAAUACUUCUCCUUUAACUAACUAAGGACAAUAAUAACAAGAAGAGAUGAAGAAAAAUAUUCCAUCGGGCGUUUGGUGAUAGGUAAAAUCAACUGCAAAUGUUAUGCACCUUAAAGAAACCAUUCACUAAUUAUGCAAAUUUUUGUAAAGAACAAAAAAACUAGAACUGAUGCUUGCCAGCAGAAGCAAGUUUUGGAAAUGGCACAUACACUUUCUUUUAUUCCCUUUUAAAUGAAAUCCUUUUCCAGCAAAUGUAGGAAUUUAGAAACACCAUGUUUUGAUCGAGAUAUUUGAAAUUAUAUGCCGUCCCCAAACGGCUGGUGGGCUCUUGUUUGUUUCUCAUUUGCAUCACAAAAAAGUGCAAUAACUCCACCGUAAGUAAAAGCUUGGGGUUGCAGCGAAUCGCAUGUUACUGUGUUUGAAUAUAUAGUAGUUUUUAACUGAAGUUUAUAGAAGCUAGACCAUUAAUAAAAUAACAUGCCUUGACUUCGUUUGGCAGAAGUCAAUACAGGUACUUGUAGAUGUUGACUAAAUGCGUAGUUAAAAGCAAAACUUUUAGACAGCCAGUGUUUUUUUUUUUGUUGUUUUUGCCUAUAAACGCAUUACCACCUUGUAAAUCAUAAUUCAGAAGUUUGUUGAAGAAUUGGCAAGGACAGAUAAAAUGUUUCGUUAAAUUUGGCGAUAGGGUAGGCUUGAUACCCACCCGGUUGUUGGAGCUGGAUCUAGGAGAUAACGAAAAAACCGUAGUUGAGAGCGUGACUAUUUUCCAGCCAAUUGUUUUUAAUCCGUCAUGAAGGAAAGUGAACUUAUUUUGAAGCAUAUUUAUGUUUAUUUAUAUUCUUCUCAUUAUUCCAUCGGCUACUCUUUCUAUUUAGGAUUGCCGACUAGCAGCCAGCACCUGUUUAAAUGGUGGUGUGUGUUUUUAUGACGAGAAAAAGCAAACUUAUUCAUGCGAAUGCAAGCCCCCUUGGACCGGAGAAACUUGUGCUGAUCUGUGUAAGAAACAAAUUUGUAAAGUAGAAAGAAGUUGUAAAGUGCUGCCUGUCGAGAAAAGCUUGAGAGCAGUUUUCCUGUUACGUUUAUGUGCGACAAUUGAAAAAAUGUAGCGAGACGGUUUUCUGCAAACAAGCAAAUAAACCGCGUUCGAACGCUAUCUUAAUGAGAUCUUUUCCUUAAAAGUUUUCGCAUUGUUUUUCUUUUGUAACGCUCAUGCUUUAAGAGAUUUAAUUCGAUUCAGCGUUAUUAGCUAGACCACCUUAAUCAUAUAUGGUUUGAAGAUCGGUAGGUCAGACGCCAUAUGACGUAGCUUCUUUUUACUGACAACAACUCUUUUGAAAUGUUAUCUUGUAAUCGCAAAAAGUUACCUGUGACAGCCAUCCCUGCAAAAACAAUGGAACUUGCACAGACGAAGUCAACGAAUAUAACUGCAGCUGUGCACCAGGAUUUUACGGGACACAGUGUGAAAAGAUUGAAGGCCUGUCUUGCUCAUCAGGUUUGUAGACGACGUGUAUCGUAUUUUGAUGACAUAUUCUGAGAGCGCAAGCUUCCUUCUACAAAGAGAAGUUCUCGUGGAGAUGUGGAUGACAAUUCAACAUUUUAGAAAGUUCUAGAUGGAACAUUAAUUAAGGUUCUUGAAGACAGAAUACGCAGAUGUUUUAUUUUGAUAACGAUUUCUCAUAAAAAUUUUCGUUAACUAAUAAUCAUCAGCAACAGGAAGCUGUAAACGGUAUCUGAACAACUACGCUCCUACCUCUCCCUUAACCCAACAAUCGUCAAUUGAUAACAAGUUAAGGUUAAUGUUGGGGGAGGGGUAAGUGCGCAAUUGCUCACAUACUUAUAUUAAUCCAAUCCAUCGCUUUUUAACUCUUCACACCAUAACAUCAGUAUGCCUAUUCUCCAUACUGUUCUCUAUACAUUUCCUAAGGUGCUGACGAGGAGAGUUUGUUUACCGAUCAAAAGCUUCUUUUGUUGGUGAUCAUUUCCUUUAUUCUCAUGACCUUGAUGUUUGAUUCAGCGCUGAUGUUGUAUGGAGAAAUUAGGUGCUAGUCACUCUUAGGGGUUAAGUAGUUCAAGAACUAGAAAGUAACUAUUGGAUUUUAAAUUGUGUGAAAAGUUUAUACCUCAAGGUUUUUUUGGCUUUAGAAGUCAGAAUACUUUCAAACGAGCUCACCUAUUUAGGAGAACACCACAAGCUACCUUUGACAUCUCAGAGCGCUCAAGGUACUUUUUCUUCUAUCUUUCUUUCUGGCGUGCGUGUUAGCCAUGCGGAAGCCAAAGCAAGAUUUUUCAAAAAACAAAGACAAUCUUUACUCUGGGUAUCUGUUGCAAUAACCGUUAGGAUUACUUUUGUAUGUCCCCUCCCGGCUGAAUAAUCCUCUCAUUCCGAAUUCUCUGGCCUAUUUAUUUCGUAAAGAGUUGUCCUUUUUAGACAGAACCCUUUGCACUUAGUGUUUAUCAGUUACGUACGUGAUCCGGUAGCGGACACGAGAUAUAAAAUAAUUUCUGAAACAAGACUAAUCCGGAAAUUUCGCAGUGAGAUUCAUCCAAUUUAAGAGUUGCUUUGUCAUUUCAGUGAAACUGGAGUAAAGAACAUUGUGUUUUGUUGUUUCCUACAGCUUACCGAAUGGUCUUUGGACAGCCUAGCACAAAGAGUUACGCCAGCAUAACAAACGCCACCUCGUCUAGUCUCUCGGAAUUUACUAUGUGCCUUUUUGUCAAAAUGAAGGAUACAAAUGUGAUUGGAGAACAGUACCUCUACAGUUAUGCGACUACUGGAGCACCUGCUGGGAAUGCCUUCUGCGUUCGUCUGUUUAACCCAGGAAUUAGGAUCGCCAUAGCCUCGGCAAAUGAGUAAGUAAUAUGACAAACACGAUAGAUAAAGUCUGUACUCGAGUCAAGUCGGCCAUCCAGCCAAACCGUAUCCCGGUUUUCUUAAAAUAAAGCGACUCGUAGGAGUAUUAAUACUAGGGUCCUUGGCUCAGCUUCAAAAAAAUGAUAUGCCUGUUUCCGCAAUGGGCUAAAGUGCUCCCAGCGGAGUAUUAUCGAGGCUUCUGAUUGUAUUUGGCGUUGUUAACAAUCACGUUCUCUUGUUUUUGCUCCCAAGCGACUUUAAAUAAAUAAUUAAAGGUGUCUAGUGAUUAAAUCGUUGUUAGUGACAAAAUUAAAAGCUAUGGCGUGUUGGAGAUCGAAUGAAAUAAAUAGCAAUGGAAUUUAAAAAAGUUAAGUGACAUUAAAAUAACUUAAUUUAUCUCCCAUUCCAGCAGCUCACACGACAUUGUUAACAUGCAUUCCUAUUCUAUAUGUAGCACUAUAUGUAUAUACAUACAUAUAUAUAUAUAUAUAUAUAUAUAUAUAUAUAUAUAUAUAUAUAUAUCUUGAUUCCACAAUUGGACCGCAGUCAGUCAAGAAACGAGAGUUUCUAACAUAGUUUUAAUUGUUUAUGUUCAUUUUCUUAGUGAAACAGACACCAGAAACAAAAUUUAUGAUACCAUGUGGCAUCACAUUUGUGUUACCUGGGAAAACACCAAAGGCAAUUGGCAGUUUUAUAUGGAUGGACAACUUCAAAGCAAUGGAACAGAACAGAAGAAAAAUCAUCAGAUACCAGCCGGCGGAACAGUUGUCAUUGGACAAGAUCAAGAUAGAGUCGGAGGGGGCUUUAAUAGCGCACAGAGCUUUGGUCCGGGUGAGGUAACAGAAGUCAAUCUUUGGAGCAGAGUCCUUUCAGGGGAUGAAAUUGCAACUCAGAAGGCAAACUGUGACAUUGCACAAGCAGGCCUUGUUCUCUGGUGGGGACAAUUUAGAGGAACCUUUACCGGUGUGAAAAAAGUCGAGCCUUAA